GAGGGGCCGGGGCGCAUGGCGGGCGGCGGCGCCGGGGAGCCGGGCCGGGGGGCGGCCGCGGGGCCCGAGACCCGCGAGCACCUCUUCAAGGUGCUGGUCAUCGGCGAGCUCGGCGUGGGCAAGACCAGCAUCAUCAAGCGCUAUGUGCACCAGCUCUUCUCCCAGCACUACCGGGCCACCAUCGGGGUGGACUUCGCCCUCAAGGUCCUCAACUGGGACAACAGGACGCUGGUGCGCCUGCAGCUGUGGGACAUCGCGGGGCAGGAGCGUUUUGGCAACAUGACCCGAGUAUACUACAAAGAAGCUGUCGGGGCUUUCGUAGUCUUUGAUAUAUCAAGAGGUUCCACGUUUGAGGCAGUCUUAAAAUGGAAGAGCGAUCUGGAUAGCAAAGUCCAUCUUCCAAAUGGCAGCCCUAUUCCUGCUGUCCUCUUAGCUAACAAAUGUGACCAGAAAAAGGAAGGUGGCCAGAACCCUCCCCAGAUGGACCAGUUCUGCAAAGAACAUGGCUUCACUGGAUGGUUUGAAACCUCUGCAAAGGAUAACAUAAACAUCGAUGAAGCAGCCCGGUUCCUAGUGGAGAAUAUUCUUGAGAACUACCAAAGCUUUCCUAAUGAAGAAAACGAUGGAAGCAAAAUUAAACUGGACCAGGAGACCCCGCCAGCAGCGAGCAAAUCCCAGUGUUGCUGACAUGACUCCUGCUUCCCUGGUGCGGAAUGCAGCCUGACUCGAUGCCUCAGUUUGGAGCCAAUUCCUGAGAAUGGAUUAAAGGUGGCGGUUGUGCUGCUCUGUGAAUCUUCCCAGGGCUGCGCUUUAAAAUGAAUACUCUGGUUAUUUUUCAGAUCAUAUAAAUCUUUCGCCUUUUAAAAAAUGACAGUGAUGGCUCCCUUGGGAGCCCAGCUGAAACAGGGCAUUUGGUGAAGUGGUCCUGCUGGUGGCUCCAUACCUUAAUGCAGGAACAAACACUGAGGCCUCCAUUCUUGUUGCCAUUGUAUUCAUGAGAAUGUUUACAUCCUUUUAAACAUCUUUUUAAAUGAGGGUUCCUCAGGAUUUGGUACAACUUCUAGGUUGUAGCCUUUAGUGAAAACACAGAGGUGUUAAUAAAACUCACCUGCAGUCUUACAGUAAUUUUAUGAGUCUAUUUUUGUCUCCAUAUUCCAUCGUCACUUUCGAGAAAGGCUUUUAGACUCUGUUAGCUGCAGAAGGCUCGAAGUUCCUGUUUAGCAAUUUUUUUUCUAUUCCAAACUUUAGCACUUCACGUAAAAUUGUUAUCCUUAGAUAUUAUAAUUUAACUAGUCCUAGCUAGUGUGGCAUGUGGUUAUUCCACUCAAGCACAUUCAAAUUACCCUUCCUAAUUACUCAAGGAGCACUGACACCACGCUAGUGUUCUGGAUCUGGUUGCUACCAGUUGGAAAUCAUAUAAAUGAGCAUUUGUUCUCUCUCUAGUCCUUUCUCUCUUCUUCCUGUGUGUUCACGGCUGUAACUGAGGUCCUCGUUGAUAUUACUGUGCAGCUCUAACUGGAGCUGGUCUUUUCAAAUCUGAGAGAGUUUAUUUCAAAGCACAUACAAUUAAAUCUGAGUUGCUACAGUAUGCAUCGUGAAAGAAAGUCAUGUGUGGUUUUAUAUAAAGUUUUGGACACAAAGUGUAACACAUGAGAAAUUUAAGGCAGGCUCACAAUCUUCGUAUCACGGUUUCACCCAAUUAAGGAAAAGAAUAAAUGUUUUGACUGAAACUUUUAGUUUGAAUUAAUAUAGUUCUAGAACAUUAAUAUGGGGUAGACUUUUCUGCCUCAGGAAACUUUGUUCACUUUUUCCUCUUAUUUUUAAGAGACUUAAUGAUAUCGUGUGAAAGGUUCAACGUAUCUUUUUCAAAGGAAUUUUAAAGGUGUUUGUCACGUGAUCCAAAGCUAAUGUGAAAUGAGGCAUUGGCUAAUUUUGUCUUAUAUGUUAAGUAUGAACUUGGAUAGGAAAAAUCCGUGCAUUUUUUGAGAACAGGACAAAAACUAGCAAGGAAUUGCAUUUGCUGUGACAGAUGAGUUCUGGGAAUAAAUAGUAGUUGUCAUGGGUCAUAAAACCUAGCUGGUUCUUCUCCUUAAACCUAAGCCUUGGCUAGGAAUCACAAAUGUGUUUAUAUGUUAUAUACUGAAGUAAAUAAACUCUUAAACUUC